AUGGGCUCCAUGUUUUCAUCAAUCAACUCAUCCAAACCUUCGAAAACAGACUCUAAGCCUCCUUAUGAUGGCCCGAAUCGAUACCCGUAUGUGCGUAACGGCCAGCUUGUCCCCGUCGAAGCGAAUCCCACCAUUUGGUACGAACGCUUGUUUGAGGUUGCAGACUGUGUACAACACCAAGACAAGGACAAAGUCAUCAUAUUCACCCCCAUCUGCGAUGAAGACAACGGCUUUUAUCCAGACCCCAGAUCGAGGCAUGGCUGGCCCAUCAAGCGCUUGCGAAAGGCGUACGAGCUGCUCGGUGGACCACACCCGCGCAUCGUUCGCGUGGAUGAGGUCGUUCGUGAUAUCGAGUUGGCGGCAGCUGAGGUGGGCAUAACCAUCUCUGGCGACGAGGUUGACAUUGGUGAGAAGUGGGAGGAUGUUUUCGAGUUCAAGGACGGGAAGCUGAGUUUCAAAGUUAGAUCUGAUUAG